GGACCGUGGACUCUCCCUAAUAGUGUUGGUGACAAAGAAGCACGCAGCCCUGGCGAUGGCGGCAGCCAUGCUCUUCCCGAUUUCCUCGCCCGGAUUCUCCCACUGGCGAAUUGGGCGCUGCGAUUUCCAAGAGCGCAACCGCAGCGUCAAGCUAAAAUCGUCCAAUGCGGCCCAUCCAAUCGCCGCCAAGAACAACGGCCAAUUGGAUGGCGAUCGCGCCGGGAAGGACGCCAGAGAUGUCUUGGGCGGCGAUCCAGCUGCUUGCUGCUCUCGGUGUGGAUCCAGUGGCUCUGUGCAGUGCUUGACAUGCUCGGGGACGGGACUGUACGUGGAGUCCAUUCUAGAGAGCCAAGGGAUCAUCGCAAAAGUCCGAUGUUUGGGUUGCGGUGGCGCUGGAAGAAUCAUGUGUCCUCAAUGUGGAGGGCGAUGCCAUGCUUGAAGAUCUCCCAUCUUUUUGUAAAUAAACCAUGGUUUUGCUAGAAAUCUUCUCAAGAGAUAACUAUCAAGUUUUUUCUAG